AGUCACUGUGUAUCGACAUGUUUCAGACAGAAAACUGCUGUACAAUGGCGAGAGGGAAGAGGAAAGAGGAGGGCGCGAGAAAACGACAGAAUGCUGAGGUUUCUGAAACGCUUUCCAAAAAGCUGAAAGCAAAGAAAGAUGGACGGGCUGGAUCAAACACAGUGUACAUUCAGGCAAGUGUAAAGUGGACUGGAGGACUGAAGAAAUGCAGCCAGAUAAGCAUACCUCAUUACAUCUACAAGAGCUCCUUAGGACAGAGCAUCCACUCUCAACUACGACAGUGUCUCCAAGAGCCUUUUAUUCGCUCCCUGGAAUCAUUCAGACUGCACCGAACAGCCAGCCCUUUUGAACGGAGGGUCACAUGUCUGGAGUGGCAUCCCAGUCAUCCCAGCACUGUGGCAGUGGGCUCUAAGGGUGGAGACAUCAUGUUGUGGGACUAUGAAAUUUUGAACAAGAAAUCCUUCAUACAAGGGAAAGGAGCUGGUGACUUUAUUGGGGGCAUGAAGUUCUGCCCCACAGACAUAUCCAAAGUCUAUGCUGCCGCUGGUGAUGGCACUGUGACUUUGCAGAGCUUUGAGGGUCUCCCAAGCGAGACACUAUCUCGAACCCCAGACUGCGGCCAUGAUCACCACUCUCUUUGCUACUGGUACUGCUGUCUGGAUGUGUCCGUUAGCCGCCAAAUGCUUGUAACUGGAGACAAUGCAGGAUCCCUUCUUUUGAUUGGUUUGGAUGGAACAAAGAUUUUCAGUGAAAAGCUGCACAAAGCCAAAGUGACGCAUGCAGAAUUCAACCCUCGAUGUGACUGGCUAGUGGCAACAUCGUCUGUAGACAACACUGUCAAGCUGUGGGAUCUCAGGAACAUGAAGGAUAAAAGCAGUUACCUGCAUGAAAUGAAACAUGAGAAACCAGUAAAUGCUGCCUAUUUCAACCCCACGGACUGCACCAAGCUCCUCACCACAGACCAAAUGAAUGAGAUCAGGAUUUAUUCCUCAAGUGAUUGGUCUAAGCCAGCUCAGGUUAUUGUGCAUCCACAUCGCCAGUUCCAGCAUCUGACCCCAAUCAAGGCAACCUGGCAUCCCAUAUAUGACCUCAUUGUGGCUGGCCGUUAUCCUGAUGACCGUGUGUUUGUUGGUGAUGAGAGAACUAUUGAUAUCUUUGAUGCUAACACUGGCAAACUCCUUUAUAAGCUGAAAGACCCCAACACCAAUGGAAUUGUAUCUCUCAAUAAAUUUAACCCAUUGGGGGAUGUGUUGGCAUCUGGAAUGGGCUAUAAUAUUUUGAUAUGGAACCGAGACGAUACUGUGAGCCAGAGUCCGUGUAGGAGACAGAGGGAGGAAGGAUCAGAGCCAGGAGGGAGAGCUGGAAGCUCCAGAGGCCAGCGAGGCAAUCCACAGCGGCCCCGCGGUGACAGACGUGGAACUGCAGACAGUGCCAAGGUGAAGAAAAAACUGGCAUCACUGGAAUCAACUGAGACCAAUUCAAAAACCAGAAGCAAGACUGAAAGUAAAAUGCUGAAAAACAAGAAGUCCUAGUUGACCAAAGCUAAUCUAGGCACAUUUUUACUGUAAAGCAGUUAUACAAACCAGUUCCUGUUUAUAUAGCAAAUUUAUUUUCUUAUAAAAAAGAGCUGAAUUGUUUUUCAAAGUAAAACAGGUUGUUCCAGUUUUUAUUGUAUGUUGUAAACUCAGAACUUAUUAAACAUUUGUACUUUUUCACAUAAAAAUAACAUGCAUCAUUUUGUGCUGUAUACAGGCUCUUUUAUAGGGAGAACAAUACGUCAGAAUCCCAUCAAAUGCAUUUACACCUGGACACUUUAGUUUUUCAAAUGUAACGGAACUCUAACCUUAACUUUCCAAACUAAAGUUCUAAUUUAUGAAUAUGAUUGAAUAAUUCUAACUUAAGCUUGAAAAGUAUGUUCCAUUAUAUUGAGAAUUAUGCCAUGCAUUUACACUUUAUGUUGAAUGGCUUUAUUUUUUCUGUAUGUGGUAUGAAGUGACCAGAUGUAAACAGAGUCAUAUUGACAAGUUCUGUUUAAAAAUAUAUAUGAAAAUACAGCAUCAGAAUAUAUAUCAGAAAGUACAACACUGAUGCCCUGCUCACCAAUACCUUUUAUCUCCUUUACUUUUCCUUUUUUAACAUAAUAGAAAAUGUUAUUUAAAAAAUGUCAUUAUAAAUGGACUAACAGAAAUACUCCAAAAUAACAUUCCAUGAAAGGCUAACAAGGUUUUCCCUGUAGCUUUAAAGUUGGCUUUUUGUGAGCUGGAUUUAAUAGCUACGUAGCUGUAUAAAGGUAACAUUUGCCAGGCGGCCGAGGACAUCUGCCCAAGCCUUCUGCUGAGCCUCCUCCCUCUCAGCCUCCUGCUUCUGAACCUGGUAAGCUGAAUAGACGAUCCCGAAGAUGAGGGUCUCAAAGCGGGGCUGGCUGAAAGACUGAUCUUUACCUUCCAAAGUGACCAGCAGCUCCUCCAUUGCAGGCACAGUUUUGGGUAUGUUAUCAUUUAGGUGGGUCAAGAAAGCUCGACCCUGCCUCAUGGAUGCCAUUUCUUGAUCCCUUAUGCCAACAUUGUUGUCUGCAUCAAUCUUAAGUCCACCCAGCAAGAACUAGGAUGGAGAGAAAGAUUCUGAAACAUUCUAUUUCAUUUUUAUAGUUUUCAUAUAUAGUCACCAAUUAUUUUAGUAUUACAGAGAGCAGAGCACUUAUAGCUGGGGUGGCAUAUUAUUGGAGUUGGUGUACUUUGUUUCUGUACUGAAGUAGGCAAUGAAAUACUUUUACUCUGGGUAAUGUUUUCCAGGUUGAAAAAACUUUCACUUACACAUUGUGUAGUUUAAGUUCUCUUUAAAGUAACAAUUUCUCAUGUUUUGUCAUCAGUCAAAAUCCACAUAUGAAUGUGUUGUUCUUUUUCUCAAAUUAGGGAUUCACUGAAUAUUCUAUUCUAUUCU